AGUUCCGGACGUGCUUUCCCACAGACUGCCCCCUCUUUUCCCGGGCCCGGACAGUAUGAUCUAAAUAUGGACCAUUGGGAACAAUUGGUUCAAUCCGGUAAAGUGAGGGAUAUGAUUCAGAAGGGACGAGUACUGGAGAUACCUCGCUUUGCCGACAAGGUUGUGAAAGAGGCUAUCAAGCACAAAUUUCCCGGCCCUGGAAGUUAUGACAGCAAGAGCCUCUUUGAAUUGGCCCCUAAGAAGCGCAAUUUCGAUGGCCACGAAAUUGAAAAUCCUCCUUUCAACGUUCAGGAAAAGGUACAUGAGACACCCCCUCUUUUGUGUAUCACCAGAAUAUUAAAUUCUUCACUGUAUCAGGCAGCAAAAUUGCUUUAA